CACUACGGAAUUGGUCUGCGGUAACAACAUCCGCCAUUGUCGAGACAAGAAUUGGGUUUUGUUGUCUGUGUCCUUUUUAGUCAGCUAUCCCCCUCUCCAAUAACCAUGGCUGAACAAGAGAACGGUGAUUUUGCUGAUGCACCAGAGGAACAGGAAGUUCUGGCUGAGGCUGUUGACACUGGAGAGGACCCUGAAUUGGAAGCAAUCAAGGCUCGAGUACGAGAGAUGGAAGAGGAGGCAGAAAAACUGAAAGAAAUGCAGAACGAAGUGGAAAAACAAAUGAAUCUUAGUUCAGGGUCCGCAUCAGCUGCAAAUCCCUUGAAUUUAUCAAAAGAAGAAAAAAUCGAAGUGGAUGCUCGGUCGAUUUAUGUUGGAAAUGUUGAUUACAGCGCCACAGCAGAGGAACUCGAGGCCCACUUCCAUGGCUGUGGAGCAGUAAAUAGAGUGACAAUUCUGUGUGAUAAAUUUUCUGGCCAUCCGAAGGGGUUUGCCUAUGUUGAAUUUGCUGACAAAGAUGAUGUAAAAACAGCUGUGGGGUUUAACGAGUCUUUAUUCAAGGGUAGGCAGAUCAAGGUCUCUGCCAAACGCGCCAAUCUUCCAGGAAUAUCUUCUACCAAUCGUCCACCAAGGGGAGGCUACCGAGGACGUGGGCGAGGAAGGGCAUAUGGCACCUACCACCCGUACAGUUCAGGAAUUUACGCCCCUCGUCCCAGAGGGAGAUCUUCUUACAGGUCCCGAAGAGCGUCUUGGUUCUCCCCGUAUUGAGCUGUACAAGCAUUUAACUUUACUCGAACAACAUUGUCACGAAGAAAUAUAGACCAUAAGGCUCGCCAGAAGAGGCCAGUUCCCAUGAAGCUUAAAUGACUGCAGAAAGUUCAUGUACAUGUUUCUACACCAUAUUGAUCAGAGUGUGAGGUUACACUGGUUUCUUGUUUCCUGCCCUUCAGGUUUUCAAUAUACAUGUAUUAUGGGGGGGGGGGGGGGGGUGGUCUUAAAGCCAUGUUGUAACAUACUGCCACUGUUUUAUUGGUUACCAUGGUAUUAAAGACCAUUGACAAGAUUACAACUAUUUGUUUAAAUUACUUCUUCUCGACUACAAUAAAAUACAGCAAAUAGACGGCUUACUUUUUUAUACUGAAGAGAUAAUGUAGACAUGAGAGCCUAGGCUUAUUUAGUUUGCCUAAUACAACUAAUUUUCAUAUGCUGAGUGAAACAUCUGCCAGCAUAAGUUGGUCAUUAUAUCAAUGCAAAUUAAUGAGGGCACCCGUGGGAUGGAUCCUAUUCUUGUGACUGACUGACAACACGAGUAGUCCAUAUCAAUGCAUCCAUAAUACACAUCUGCCAGCAUAAGUUGAUCAUUAUAUCAAGCAUACAUACAGCAUACAUUCCUAUUGGAAUGUACGUAUAUUCCCACAUAUUUGAGUGCCAAAGUCGUUCUCCCAAGUAGGCCCUUAUUAAUUAAUGAGAACCAUAUGUGAAAGUUACUGUGAGCUAAGUUCCAUUGGGUGGGGUUUUUGUGGGCAUUGGUACAAAUAUUUUAUCAUUUGAUGUCUACAUUUAACUGGAAAACUGUAUUAAUGUAGCUUUUUUUGUUUUUAAGUGCCUAUAUGUUGCUUAAUAUUUUUCACAUUAAAUUCCAAAUGCUCCCAGCCCAGAGUGUGUGUUCGUGUGACAGGUGAAUGUGAACGUGAAUAACAUGUUCUGGCUAUGACAUCUCUAGUGCGUUUUCGGCUCUAUACGGUCUCCUCAAAGAAUGCGCCACAAAUUGUGAGCUCACAGCAUUUUAUACUUUUCACAGUCUUUUUAGUUUUUGAUUUGGCACCAGCGCAUGAAGAAGGUACCGUGGUUUCUGUUUGGUUUCCUUGGUUACUUGCCAUUGCACAUGCAUAACCAGAUAUGGCAAUAAUCUUCUUUUGACAACAGGGUUGAUUCAAAGUCGUGAAAGGUGUUUUGUAGGAUGGAAUUUGAAUUAUCUUCAGUGAUUUAUAACCGAAAUGAACUUAUAAGUCAAUAAAAGUAUUUGUCCUUGGUUGUAUCAUUAUGGACAAUUUUAGACAUGAAGUGGAUCAUCAGUGGUUAUCAGUGUAAGUGGGGUAAUUAAAUUAAUACAGACUACCUAUUAAACCUUAUUUUGAUUUUAACCCUUCUAGUUACAAAAUUACCAAGUGAACUUAUGUAAAUGAACAAAAUGAAUAAGUCGUUCUGUUCCCGAAUCUUUUAUUUUAAAUCUCCUUAUUUUGGCCCAGAUUUGACGAGGCUUGGAAGCAUUAAUGUGGUCAAAUCUAUGUUGAAAGUACAUGUAGAUCUGAUACAGGUGACAGGACUUGGAAGCAAGGAAAAGUCACUUUUCUCCCCAACUUUGUGAAUGGGUGGUGUGUUGUUUGAUUUGUUGGUGAGUUGUUGUUGAAUGGAUAUCACUUGAUGUGACCCUCCCCUAAAGGAAACCCUUUCUAGUUCUCUUUUACAGGGUCAGACCUUUCACCUCCUACUCGGACAAGCAACGAGGGGACUGGUGGGUGGGUGGGUAAAAAAGAGAACAAAAGAAAAUAUAACAAAAAAAUAUUAUAAAAGAAAAAAGAGAAAAGUAGAAAAGAUGCAACUUGAACUUGCAGUGAAGGAAGUUGUGAAUGGAAAUUUGAAGUUUGCAAAUUGAAGGUCGAAUGAUAUUACCAUAUAGGCGUGCAAAUUAGUCCAUGCACUUAUGAAUGAUAACUGCUUGUUUUAAUGGUCAUUUUACCUGUAUUUCUCCUGAAUAUUGGCACAUUUCUGUGUACUAAGGUGUACAAGUGACAUCACUUUAAGCGCACUGCAUUUAUUUGCAUGCUUAUGUUAUUAUCUUUUUUACCUUUCAAGAUUGAAAGCACAGCAGGUAGCGACAGAAUAGUUCCUCUUGCACUGUUUUACUCCGAGUCAGGUGUUCAGUUGUAUUGACUUUCCUCCUUUGGUGUUUAUACAUCAUAUGGACGUGUAGUAAAAGUAUUGCCAUGGCUUCCUUCACUGAAUUUUCAAGAAAAAAAAAAACAAAAAAAAAAAAGAAAGAAAAGAAAAGAAAAUGCACAACAAAAUAUAAAAAAGAACAGAAAAAAUUGACAAUAAAAAACAAGAACCUGAAGUGGUGAUAAAUAGUGGGUGGAAGGAGAGUAAGGAAGCAAGGCUGCCAUGGAGAAGGAAAAGAUGUUGUCUGCUGCAAGGAGUCGUCAAGAACAUGCCGUCUUAAAAUGUAUUUCGGUCAUUUGUCUGUACAGUUUAAUGGUUAAUAAAGUUGAAAAAUGUA